AUGAAAUCGCCUGAUAUCAACAAUGUCAUGGAAGGGAAAGAGGUGAUCAAGAGAAGGUUGUGCUCUAAAAGAGUGCUUCUUCUACUUGAUGAUGUUAAUGAUGCAAGUCAACUUGAUGCGAUCAUGCAGAAGCGUGAGUGGUUUGGUAAGGGAAGCAAGAUUAUUAUUACCACUCAAGACCGGGGAAUUCUCAAAGUGCCUACACUUGUUGAUGGGGCUUACGAACUUGAUGGCAUGAAUUUUAAUCAUUCUUUGGAACUUUUUAGCAAGCAUGCCUUUAGAAGAGAUAAUCCCAUAAAACAAUACAACUCUCACUCUGAUAGAGCAGCAAAGAUUUGUGGCGGCCUUCCUUUAGCUCUAGAGGUCAUUGGUUCUCUUUUAUCUGGAAAAAGCAUAGAGGAGUGGGAUGCCAUAUUAAAGGAGCUAGAAAAAUUUCCUCAGGAGGAUGUUGAAAGAAGUUGA